CUUGCAAAAAGAUGACAGACCUCUUAAGAAGUGUUGUCACAGUCAUUGAUAUUUUCUACAACUACACCAAGCAAGAUGGCGAAUGUGACACAUUGAGCAAGGAUGAGCUAAAGGAACUUCUAGAGAAAGAGUUUCGUCCAAUUCUGAAGAACCCAGAUGAUCCAGAUACAGUGGAUGUCAUCAUGCAUAUGCUGGAUCGAGAUCAUGACCGAAGACUAGACUUCACUGAGUUUCUUCUGAUGGUAUUCAAGCUAACUAUGGCCUGCAACAAGGUUCUCAGUAGAGAAUACUGCAAAGCUUCAGGGUCAAAGAAGCGUAGGCAUGGUCAUCAACACCAAGAAGAAGAAAGCAAAACAGAAGAGGAAGAAGAGGAGACACCGAGACAUAAAUCAGGUUAUAGACAUUCAAGUUGGGGAGAGGGAGAGAAGCAUGGUUAUGGAUCUGGGGGCUCAAGAGGAACUGCAAAACAUAGACAUGGGUCCAACUCCAGGAGGCUUGAAAGGCGAGGUGAACUGUGCAGCUCAGAAGGUUCUGAGACAAGUCAUCAUGGGUCUAGUUCUGGUCACUCCUGGAGUAGUGGCAAAGAGAGAUAUGGUUCCAGCUCUGGAGGGCUGAAGGAAAGAAGAAGCAAGUCACAUGGUAGCCCCUCUAGGGAAUCUGGUGAGGAACAUGAAUCUGGAGCUGGGUCAAAGAGCCAGGGAAGGAGAGGUCGUUGUGGUCUGUCACAUGGACUGGGGACAAAUGGACAUGAACCAAACUCUACUCAGACAAGAAAGAAUGGAGAACAAAUGCUUGGAUCUACCUCUGGAGGUUUGGGAGACAGCAAGGAAGAAAGUCAUGUGUGUGGAUAUAGCAAUUCAGGUGGGUGUAGAAGACCACAACAUGCUUCUAGUCCUUGCCAGCCAAGUAGAUCUGGAGGUCAAGGAAAUCAAUCUAGCUAUACCCACUCAGGUUGUCAAUCAGGAAGGAGUGGAGGACAAGGUCAUGGAUGUAUCUCAGGAGGUCAUUCCUCUGGAUGUCCUCAAUCUGAGCCUAGAUCCUGUAGCCACUCUUCUAGUCAGAGGGGAUAUGGAUAUAGACAAUGUGGUCAACCACAGAACUGUGGAGGCCAGCAGGGAAUAAGCUCAAGUCAGUCCUCUUGCUGUAAACAACAUGGUUCUGGCAGAAGUCAGUCUUGCUGUGGACAACAUGGGCCUAGAUCAAGUCAAUCCACUGGCAAUGGUCAGUGUGGGUCUUCCAGUGGUCAGUCCUCUGGUUAUGGACAACAUAGAUCUGGCUCAGGUCAAUCAUGCUGUGGACAACAUGGGUCUGGAUCAAGUCAAUCCACUGGCUAUGGUCAGUGUGGGUCUGGCACUGGCCAGUCCUCUAAAUAUGGACAACCUGGUUCUGGUUCAGGUCAGUCUUGCUGUGGACAUGAGUCUGGAUCACGUCAAUCCUCUGGCUAUGGUCAGUGUGGGUCCAGCUCAGGUCAGUCCUCUGGUUUUGGACAACAAGGGUCCAGUUCAGGGAAGUCCUCUGGCUCUGGACAACAUAGCUCAGGUCACUCUUCUGGCUCUGGACAACAUAGCUCAAGUCAGUCUUCUGGCUCUGGACACCGUAAGUCAGGUCAGUCAUCAGGCUUUGGACAACACAGUUCAGGUCAGUCAUCUAGCUCUGGACACCAUGGCUCAAGUCAGUCCUCUGGCUUUGGACACCAUAGCUCAGGUCAGUCAUCUAGCUCUGGA